UGAGGUGAGAGAGAGAGAUGAAAAUCACUGCUGCCCGGCCACAACAAGACAGACGGGCCACGCAUGAAUAACUUUUACGGCCGAGGCGACAUUGAAGGGCUGUCAUAUCUCGGGUGGAUACAGAGAGUGCCCGUGGUGUUGUUUAAAGAGCUACCCACAGCAUUUCUCCCGUGUUUUCCACGAAGGGAAGGAGGUGAAAAUACCCGCCGCCAUUUUUUGGAAGUGACUGACUGGGAGUGGAGAGUUAGCUGUAAACUGGCCACAGCUGAUUUAGUUUAUAUUCCCUGUGAGUCAUCACCUUCGACACUGUCAGCCCGGACGGCCUGGAUACUGUAAAUAAACCGACUCUUCUCAACUAUACGAGCUGUCGAAGGUCCAAAGGAAUAAACAAGAAGAGAAUUUGUUUACACGUUUCUCCUGAAUUCUCACUAACUGUUCCUCCCAGGAUUGCUGGUGUGGGCUAAGUUAGCCACAUUAGCACGCUGAGGAUUUCUCCUGGAGUCCAAUCAAACCUGGCCUGGUGGACGGGUCUCUAUGCGUACACUGCCUCCCUCUGGCAGAUGAGUAACCAGCGGGGCCUGACGGCCAGAUAGUCCCCUGCGAGCGCGGCGCGGCCCCGGCUCGCAGCAUGCCCUCCACCAGCAGGGCAGGGAGUCUGAAGGACCCCGAGAUCUCAGAUCUCUUCUUCAAGGAGGACCCCGAGAAGCUCUUCACAGACCUCCGUGAGAUCGGCCAUGGCAGUUUUGGCGCGGUCUAUUUUGCACGGGAUGUGCGGACUGCAGAGGUGGUGGCCAUCAAGAAGAUGUCCUACAGUGGGAAACAGUCUAAUGAGAAAUGGCAGGAUAUCAUUAAGGAAGUCAAGUUCCUCCAGAGAAUACAACACCCAAACAGCAUAGAGUAUAAAGGAUGCUACUUGCGGGAACACACAGCAUGGCUUGCCAUGGAGUACUGUUUGGGCUCAGCCUCUGACCUCCUUGAAGUUCACAAGAAGCCCCUUCAGGAAAUUGAGAUUGCAGCAAUUACACAUGGUGCUUUGCAGGGCCUUGCAUACCUUCAUUCCCAUAACAUGAUUCACAGGGAUAUCAAAGCUGGGAACAUCCUACUGACCGAGCCUGGACAAGUCAAACUGGCAGAUUUUGGUUCUGCCUCCAUCGCCUCUCCAGCCAACUCUUUUGUAGGGACACCAUAUUGGAUGGCCCCUGAAGUGAUUUUAGCCAUGGACGAGGGACAGUAUGAUGGAAAGGUUGACAUCUGGUCUCUUGGGAUCACCUGCGUAGAACUAGCUGAAAGGAAGCCGCCUCUGUUUAACAUGAAUGCGAUGAGUGCCUUAUACCAUAUAGCGCAGAAUGAGAGUCCCACACUGCAGUCAAGUGAAUGGACGGAUUAUUUUAGAAAUUUUGUUGACUCUUGCCUUCAGAAAAUUCCCCAAGACCGACCACACUCUGAGGAUUUGUUGCAGCAUGCAUUCGUCCUGCGAGAGAGGCCAGAAUCUGUUCUUAUGGAUUUAAUUUUGCGGACAAAAGAUGCAGUUCGAGAGCUGGACAACCUGCAGUAUCGCAAGAUGAAGAAGAUCCUCUUUCAAGAGUCCCACAAUGGGCCGACCACUGAGACCCAGGAGGGAGAUGAGGAGUCGGAGCACAAUACUGGUCGCACGGGCACAGUGAGCAGUGUGGGCAGUAAUCAGUCCAUUCCCAGCAUGUCGAUCAGUGCGAGCUCUCAGAGCAGCUCAGUGAACAGCCUUCCUGAUGCUGCCGAUGACAAGAGUGAACUUGAUCUGGAGAAAGACCACACUGUUAUGUCUAACAGUUCGGUCAUACAUCUGAAGCCUGAAAGGGAGGAGGUUUACCCUGAGGAUCCUGAAACACAUCCUCGUCCCUCAGAAGCCCAGGCGCCACCUGCACAGCCCCCACAGCGCAAACACCAUCGCAACCCUGAGCACUUUGCCACCAUCCGCACAGCCUCACUGGUAACACGACAGAUGCAGGAACACGAGCAGGACUCUGAGCUGAGGGAGCAGAUGUCCGGUUACAAGCGCAUGAGACGGCAGCACCAGAAGCACCUUAUGGCCCUGGAGAACAAACUGAAAGCGGAGAUGGACGAACACAGGCUGAGACUGGACAAAGAGCUGGAGGCCCAGAGGAACAGCUUUGCCAGUGAGAUAGAGAAACUUGUGAAGAAAAACCAAGCAGCCAUUGAGAAAGAUGCCAAGUCAUUUGCCAAUGAUGAGAAGAAAUUCCAACAGCACAUUCAAGCCCAGCAGAAGAAAGAGCUUAGUAGCUUCCUGGAGUCACAGAAACGAGAGUACAAGCUACGCAAGGAGCAACUGAAAGAGGAGCUGAAUGAGAACCAGUCCACCCCUAAGAAGGAGAAGCAGGAGUGGCUGUCGAAGCGGAAGGAGGACUUUCAGCACUACCAGGCAGAAGAGGAAGCCAACCUUCUCCGCCGACAGCGGCAGUACCUUGAGCUCGAAUGUCGCCGCUUUAAACGCAGAAUCCUCAUUGCAAAACACAAUGUAGAGCAAGACCUCGUGCGGGAGGAGCUUAAUAAGCGGCAGACGCAGAAAGAUCUGGAACACGCCAUGCUGCUCCGCCAACACGAGUCGAUGCAGGAGCUGGAGGUGAGGCAGCUGGGCACCAUCCAGAAGAUGCGUUCAGAGCUGACCCGCUUGCAGCAUCAGACCGAGCUCACCAACCAGCUAGAGUACAACAAACGCAGAGAGCGAGAGCUGCGCCGCAAACAUGUCAUGGAGGUCCGGCAGCAGCCCAAGAGCCUUAAGUCUAAAGAGAUGCAGAUCAAGAAGCAGUUCCAGGACACGUGUAAGAUCCAGACACGGCAGUAUAAAGCCCUGCGCAACCACCUCCUGGAAACCACACCCAAGGCCGACCACAAGGCUGUGCUGAAGAGGCUGAAGGAGGAGCAGACACGGAAGUUAGCCAUCCUCGCUGAGCAGUAUGACCAUUCCAUCAAUGACAUGCUCUCCACACAAGCUCUGCGAUUGGACGAGGCACAGGAGGCCGAAUGUCAGGUGCUAAAGAUGCAGCUGCAGCAGGAGCUGGAGUUGCUAAAUGCCUAUCAGAGCAAGAUCAAAAUGCAGACGGACUCGCAGCACGAUCGUGAGAGGAAAGAGCUGGAGCAGAGGGUUUCGCUGAGGAGGGCUCUUCUUGAACAGAAGAUUGAAGAGGAGAUGGUUGCCCUGCAGAACGAGCGAUCAGAACGAAUCCGCAGUCUGUUCGAGAAGCAGGCCCGGGAGAUCGAGGCGUUUGACUCUGAAAGCAUGCGUCUGGGCUUCAGCAACAUGGUGCUCUCCAGCCUGGCUUCGUCCGACGGACACAGCCACAGCUUUCCAGGGGCCCAGAGUAGCUGGGGCUCUCAGCACGGUGCAGGCUCUCAGGGGUCACACUGGGGAGGGCAACAUAGCGGCAGCCAGCACGGCCACCACCAACACCCAAGCCACGGUGGCUCUAUCCAGCAGCCCUGGGGUCACGGCCUGUCUUCAGGGGGGCCGCCUCCCUGGGGCCACCACGGGUCUGGAGGCAGUCAGCGCUCGAGUGGGGGAAGCAGUGGGCUACGGAACAGUCCCCAGGCAGUACGGCGGGCCACCUCAGGGGGCCGCAGUGAGCAGGGGAUGAGCAGGAGUGCCAGCAUCGCCUCUCAGAUUUCCAAUGGCUCGCACCUGUCCUACACGUAAGAUCCCCCGCUGCUCUCCCACAACACCUGUCUUGGCCUAAAAUGCCAUAGGGGACGGGAUAAAGGGGCACCAUGGUCUUUUUUUCUUUCUUUUUUAACACCCAUUCCUUUGUUUCUAGUCCUCGGAAUACAUAUUUUAUACACAUGGCAAGCACAAAAUGCAUUCACUGUAAGUUCCAGUUAAAGAAAGUCUAUAUAUUUAGUCAGAAUAUUCUGGCCUGUUUUAUCAAACUUCAGCUAGAAUCCAGAAUGACAAAGUCAUUUUUGCAGUGAUGCGAUGUGCAUUUUAGAGCGUGUUAGAUUUGAUAUGAGAAUGUUAGUGAUGGUAAGAAUGAAUAAAUGAAUGCUGUGUAUUGUAUGCAAGUCUUUAUGCAGUGGGUUUUUAUCAUGGUCUUAUUAGCAGGUUGUUUCGGCUGGCUUCGUUUGCAAAGAGUGGGAGUUGAACGCAUAGGAAUCCAAAAGGAAAUGAUAGGAAUAGGUUGGAUAGCAGAAUGUGAAAGAAUCAAGCUUUACAUUGCACUUGAUUUUUGUCUAGCGUAUUCUUUUAUAAAGCACUAAUGUUUUAAUGUGUUAAUAAACCGUAUGCUAUUUUGUGCCAGAACAAAUUUUAACUAUGAAAAGAUACUGUGAAAUUCCAAGAUUUUGCUAGGAGUAUUAUUUUGAUUAUUGGAUUAGCGUGAUUUUACAAUUUUGCCAUGCAUUGCCAUCCCUCCACUAAAAACUGUGGAGAGCAGGAUGCCAUUUUGC